AUGGCCAGCAUUAAAUACUUUCUCAUCGCAGGCGCAACUGGUCGUCAAGGCGGCGCAACAGUCGAUGCCCUCCUCACUCAUCCCGAUAUCAAAAUCAGACCAAAGCAAGUCUACGCACUUACUCGACAAGCUUCUGGACCAGGAGCCGUCAAACUCCGUGAGAAGUAUGGCGACAUCAAUAUUGUUGCUGGCGACUUAAAUAACCCCGAAUUAAUUCUCCAACAGCUGGACAAGGCCAUCCUUCCCAAAACUGGAAUCUUCCUCGCUCAAGCCCAUGGACCAACUGAAGUCACCGAUGCAGAGGAGCUCAUCGAUGCUGCUACGAGGAAUGGUAUUCCGUAUUUUGUGUACUCUUCUGUUGAUCGAGGGGGCCGUGAACUCAGCGAUAAGGAUCCUUCGUACUGCAAGACAUUCUCCGACAAAUUCCUCAUCGAGAAACAUCUUAUCAACGCCUGCUCUAAUUCAGAGAUGAAAUACACGAUCCUUCGUCCGACUUGGUUCGCUGAUAAUGCUUGGUGGGGUUUUCCAGGGCAACUCUGCAUGACGGGUUGGAGAGAGAACAUGAGGGGAAAGAAGAUGCAAGUCACCGUAACGAAAGAUAUUGGAAGAUGGGCUGUCGAAGCUCUUGUCCGUCCUGAUAGGGCCGGAAUUCGAAACCAAGCUCUCUCGAUUGCUAGUGAGGAGUUGAGCUUCAAGGACAUUGACGACAUCUUCAUCAAACAUACCGGCAAAGGCGUCCCUGUCACUUACGGCCUUCUGACACGACUCAUCAUCUGGAUGACCAAAGAUUUAAACACCAUGUUCAGCUUCAUCGGCGAGAGAUCUUAUGGUGCGGAUCUUGCAUGGUUGAAGACCCAGUUGGAGCCUACCACGUUUGAACAAUGGGUCAAGACCGACGUCCCAGGACGCGACAGCACCAGAGCUUGA